AGAGGUUCGGGGGUGAUGUGUGGAGGUGUCGGCAGUAUCACGCCCCGAAAACUUCUGCGCGUGCCAGAGAACUUGUUAAAGAAAAGGAAGAAGUAUCUGGGUCUGAAAGCAGCGGAGGCCAAGAGAGCUUUAGAGGAGAAGCGAAAGAUACAGCCUGGAAAGCAAAUCAAGUUCAAACGAUUGGAAUCCUUUGUGCGAGACUCCCACAGGAAACUAAGGGACGAUGUUCGUCUGAAGCGGAUGAGAAUUUAUCAGAAGAAAAUUCCUGGCAUUGAUAAACACGGGCUGGCAUUUGUGGUGCGCAUUACAAAAAUCGAUGGAGUCAGCAAAGCAGUCCAGGACGCCUUAAAGAAACUUCGCUUGGGGAAGAUUUUUGCAGGAGCUUUUGUGAAGGUGACCCCAUCGACCGAAAACUUGAUUCGAGUCGUAGAACCGUACGUUGCUUGGGGGUUCCCAAAUCUUAAAUCCAUCAGAGAGCUGGUUUUAAAAAGAGGGCAUUUCAGAAAGAAUGGCCGACGAGUGGCACUGACUGACAACAAUGUUAUUGAAGAGCAACUAGGAAAGUUUGGCAUCAUCUGUUUGGAGGAUGUGAUCCAUGAAUUAUACACAACAGGGGAACAUUUUUCAGAAGUGAACAGUUUCUUGUGUCCUUUCCGGCUCUCUGUUUCUCGUCACGCAGCUGUCAAUAGGAAGGGAUACCUCUCAGAGGUGGGCGAUCCGGGGAACAGAGGGGCAGGAAUUAACCAGCUUAUCCGCCAGCUGAAUUAGAGGCCAAGCUCUGACACUGCUGCAUUCGACUCACCACUUUGACUUUAUUAUCAGCAAACAAAACAUUUCCAUUGAGAGUCACUGGCAGUAUCACUGGAGGCAGAUACAGCAGCUCUCUCUGUAAACAACAUGAGUCUGAUUCCUUGGCCAAUAAUGUGCAGGUCUCGGCCACCAGUUCACACAUUCUCCUUGUGUUGGAGCUCAAAGGACUGCAAAGUAUAUGGACGGCCAAGAUCUCGCUACCCAAACAGCCACAUAGUUGGGCUAACUUGUCAGUGUGUCCUAUUCUUGGGGGGGACAUCCGUUUCACUCACAUCUGAAGUUCCCAACUCUAACCCUGCAUUUAAUAUUUUGGAACUUUUUCUUUUUAAUAAAAAAAUAUUUUCACAAGCGCUCUGUACAGUCAAA